AUGUCAUUGCAGUUGUUGAAAGCGCUUCCCCAUCUGCGCAGCGCCACAUUAACCCUAAGAACUCAGAUUGCGAGAACAACGUGGAGCAGCGAGCACAUUGCCACGAAAGUGUUUUUUGGCACCACCACAAAGACAGCCGCCGCAGCACCACCACCCACUCAACCGCAGCCUUCACCACCCAGUUGGGGCGCCAAGAAGCAGAAUAGAAAGGUCAAACUAAGAUCCGCAGCUGCCGAGUUCAUCAUGUCGAAUCCGGAGAUUGAGGCCCAACUGGCUCCUUUGAGGGAGCGGGUGCAGGAGCAGGGCAACCUAGUGAGGGAUCUCAAGGCCAAGGGAGCCCCCGAACUGGAUGUUAAGAAAGCAGUUGCCGAGCUGAAGGCUCGCAAGAAGUUGCUGGAGGACAAGGAGCUCGCUCUGACCCCCAGUGUCGUUAGCUUCGAUCGCGCCAAGAUGGAGGAUCUUUUAAAGCGCCGCUUCUUCUACGACCAGAGUUUUGCCAUUUAUGGCGGCAUCACCGGACAAUACGAUUUUGGACCCAUGGGCUGUGCCCUUAAGUCCAACAUCCUGGCCCUGUGGCGUCAGUAUUUCGCCCUCGAAGAGCAAAUGCUGGAGGUGGAUUGCUCUAUCCUGACCCCAGAGCCUGUGCUGAAGGCCUCUGGUCAUGUGGAGCGCUUCGCCGACCUGAUGGUGAAGGAUGUCAAAACGGGCGAGUGCUUCCGCCUGGAUCAUCUUAUCAAGCAGGCUCUGGAGAAGCUGUCCAAGACCAAGGAGGCCACUCCGGCUUUGCAGGCCGAGUGCGAGGACAUCAUCAUCAAGCUUGAUGGCCUGAACAAACAGGAAUUGGCCGAUGUCCUGGCCAAAUACAACAUCAAAUCUCCCCUAACCGGCAACGAUUUGACGGAACCCAUUGAAUUCAACCUGAUGUUUGCCACCCAAAUCGGACCCACUGGCUUGGUCAAGGGCUUCCUGCGACCAGAAACUGCUCAGGGCAUCUUUGUGAACUUCAAGAGGCUGCUGGAAUUCAAUCAGGGCAAGCUGCCCUUCGCCGUCGCCCAAAUCGGCAACUCGUUCCGCAAUGAAAUCUCGCCCAGAUCUGGUUUGAUUCGUGUGCGAGAGUUUACCAUGGCGGAGAUUGAACACUUUUGCGACCCCGUGCUGAAGGAUCAUCCCAAAUUUGGCAAUAUCAAAUCGGAGAAGAUGACCCUUUACUCGGCCUGCAAUCAGAUGGACGGAAAGUCUGCCUCUCAGGUGGAAAUCGGCGAAGCAGUGGCCACUAAGCUGGUGGCCAACGAAACCCUUGGUUAUUACAUGGCCCGCAUCCAGCAGUUCCUGUUGGCCAUUGGCAUUAAAGCAGAGUGCUUGCGGUUCCGCCAGCACAUGUCCAACGAGAUGGCUCACUACGCCUGCGAUUGCUGGGAUGCCGAGAUCCUCACUUCCUAUGGCUGGGUGGAGUGCGUGGGAUGCGCGGACCGCAGUGCCUACGAUUUGGGCCAGCAUACGGCGGCCACUGGUGUGCGAUUGGUGGCGGAGAAGCGUCUGCCGGCUCCCAAGACCGUCGAGGUCAGCGAAAUUGUGCCCAACAAGCAGGCCUUGGGCAAGACCUUCAAAAAGGAGGCCAAGAAUAUCACUGAUGCCUUGGCCAAGCUUUCGCUGGAGGAGAUUACGAAGGUGGAGCAACAGCUUGCUGGUGAUGGUCAGUACAAACUGACAACUGCCGAUGGCCAAAGCCAUGAACUCGGCAAGGACACUAUUAGCGUGAAGCACUCCUCGAAAACGGUCCACGUAGAGGAGUUCAUCCCGAGUGUGGUGGAGCCCUCGUUCGGCAUUGGACGCAUCAUGUACUCCUUGCUGGAGCACAGUUUCCAGUGCCGCGACGGCGACGAGCAGAGAUGCUACUUCACCCUGCCUCCCCUGGUGGCGCCCAUCAAGUGCUCCAUCCUCCCGCUGUCCAACAACACCGACUUCCAACCUUACACUCAGAAACUUUCAUCGGCCCUUACCAAGGCGGAACUUUCCCACAAGGUUGACGACUCCAGCGGCUCCAUUGGCAGGCGGUAUGCCCGCACGGACGAGAUUGCCAUCCCCUACGGCAUCACCGUGGACUUUGAUACUCUGAAGGAACCGCAUACGGUUACUCUGAGGGAUCGGAACACCAUGAAGCAGGUGCGCGUCGGUCUGGAGGAGGUUGUGGGCGUGGUCAAGGACUUGUCAACGGCGAGAACAUCCUGGGAGAAGGUCACGGAGCAGUAUCCUCUAUUCGAGCAGCAGGAGGCCAGCAAGUAACCGGAUGAUCAACGCAUUUCUCACGCUUGUCGCGCAUUUACAAAGCUACAGAGUUUUCUAUUUCUUUUAUACAUACGCUUAAAAUUUAAUAAACUUGCAACAUUUAAUGCUUCGCAAACUGGAA